AUGUCGUUAAAGGCAAUCUCCGCCAAGGAUGCUGCAUCUCUGGACAAAGACCUCAUGGACAUGGGCGGGUGGUCUCUCGACCAACUGAUGGAAUUAGCCGGCCUAUCCGUGUCGCAAGCAGUCUGGCGUAUCCACCCCCUUUCAGCAGGAAAGAAUGUCCUAGUAGUCUGCGGGCCAGGAAACAAUGGCGGCGAUGGCCUCGUAGCUGCAAGACAUCUAGCCCAAUACGGCUACAACCCCUCAAUCUAUUACCCCAAACAGGGCAAAAACGAACUCUACACCCGCCUACGCACCCAACUAGAAAACCUCUCUGUCCCAUUCAUAACAGACGACAACUUCACCACCGCACUAGGAGAAACAUCCCUCCUAAUCGACGCAAUCUUCGGCUUCUCAUUCGGCGGCCCACUGCGCGAUCCAUUCCCAGCCAUAAUUUCGCAAAUCGAAGCGUCAGAUGUCCCCGUACUCAGCGUUGACGCCCCCAGUUCUUGGGAUAUCGCGACGGGCCCACCUGAGCAGGGUCCUGGGGCGGGAUUCAUGCCUGCUGCUUUGAUUAGUCUUUCUGCGCCUAAGCCUUGCGUGAAGUUCUUCUCUGGAAGACAUUUUAUUGGCGGCCGCUUUUUGACGCCUGCUAUUGCGGAGAAGUAUGGGCUUGAUUUGCCCAAGUAUCCUGGUAUUGACCAGGUGAUGGAGGUUGGGGUGAAUGCCGAUGCGAGGUUUUAG